AUGCCAUCUGAGUAUGGAAGGCCACAAAUUCAACCCAGUCCACAGAAAAGGCCACACUCAUAUGGUUUGCCAUGUAUGCCACCUGCAAACAGAAGACAACAAUUUCAACAAUUUGCUCAACAGACACCAUAUGGAAGCCUAGCUGCAGUAGAAAAUGAAGCAGUUGAUACCAAAUUGUACAAGCCUGUUCAACCUGACACAAGUUUAAAGAUCCUAACUGCCACCAUAGAAGGCAUGAAGCAUUGGUCACAAUAUAAAAAGGACAUUCCUCUUAUCUUUGAAAUAUAUGCUCAUCUGGACUCCGCCAUAUCUUCGACCCCAGACAACCUUGGGAAAACAUUUGAAAUGAAAGACUGCAAGCAGAGAAUUUUAUGCACAUUUUAUGAAAUAGACCGCCCCCUCCCUAGGUUGAUCAGGGGACAAUUGCUAAGGUGUGUAGGAAGCCUCAAUAAUGAUGGAACUACAUUUAAAUGUGUGUCAGUGCGUCCAGCCCUAGAUUUGGAAAAGAAAGUCAUUCAACAAAAUAUUGCUGCUGCUGACAGAAGUAUGCGGAAAAUAGUUGCUCAGAUCAAGAAAAGUCAGUUGUAG